AUGGCGUUGAAGGAAAAGCGAACAAGAGAUACAGCGGUCGAUUCAUCAGACAGUGAGAAUGACGCUGCUGAUUUCGAUAUUGCUACUGACAUUGCUUUAAACGCUAGUGACUCUGAUGAUGCCUCGUCUGAUUCAGAUAAUGAAGACGUUCAAGAUGUUAUCGACUACAGUGACAGUGAACACCAACAAGAGGAUAACAAAAUUGCACGUAAGGAGAAACAGAAGAAGCAAGAUAUCGAUAAAAGUUUCCCAAUUCUUGAAUUAUCCGAUGACGAAGAUACCAAGAAGAAGAGUAACAGCAAAAACAAUGGUAGUGACAAUGAUGAUGACGAUGACAUUAACGCAUACUUCUCUACAACGAAUCUAGAGAAAUCCAAGCACAAGAAAGGUAGUUUCCCCAGUUUUGGUCUCUCCAAAAUAAUCGUAACAAAUAUCACCAAGAGAGGGUUCCGUCAACCCACCCCCAUCCAACGUAAAACCAUCCCAUUAAUCCUUCAAAAUAGAGACAUUGUUGGUAUGGCUAGAACAGGGUCAGGGAAAACAGCUGCAUUUAUCUUGCCCAUGAUUAGAAAAAUUAAGACUCAUUCAAGUAAGAUUGGUGCUCGUGCAGUGAUCUUAUCUCCUUCAAGAGAAUUAGCCAUGCAAACUCAUAACGUCUUUAAGGAAUUCUCUAAGGGGACCCAAUUACGUAGUGUCCUAUUGACAGGUGGUGAUUCAUUAGAGGAUCAAUUCGGUAUGAUGAUGAAUAAUCCUGACGUGAUUAUCGCAACUCCAGGUAGAUUCUUACAUUUGAAAGUGGAAAUGAGUUUAGAUUUGAAAAGUAUAGAAUAUGCAGUGUUCGAUGAAGCUGACAGAUUGUUCGAAAUGGGGUUCCAAGAUCAAUUAAAUGAAUUAUUGGCUUCUUUGCCUUCUAAUAGACAAACUUUAUUGUUUUCUGCGACAUUACCAAGUUCUUUGGUUGAUUUCGCUAAGGCUGGGUUGACUAAUCCUGUUUUGGUGAGGUUAGAUGCAGAAUCUAAGAUCUCCGAGAAUUUAGAAAUGUUAUUUCUAUCAACUAAAAAUGAUGAAAGAGAAGCAAACUUACUAUACCUAUUACAAGAUGUUAUUAAAAUCCCAUUAGCUACAAAGGAACAACAGAGAAAGUUCAAUGAUCAAAAUAAAAAAGAUAACGAAUCUGAUUCCGAUGCUGACGACAACAACAACAAUAAUAAAAACAAGAAAAAACGUAAGUUUAAAAAGGAAAGGUUACCACCAGCAAACCAAUUACCAUCAGAAAAGGCCACUAUUCUUUUCGUACCAACACGUCAUCACGUCGAAUAUAUCUCUCAAUUACUAAAGGAUUCAGGGUAUCUGAUCUCAUACAUAUACGGUACAUUAGAUCAACAUGCACGUAAGCGUCAAUUAUAUAACUUCAGAACUGGGCUAACGUCCAUCCUUGUAGUUACGGAUGUCGCCGCAAGAGGUGUGGAUAUCCCCAUGUUAGCUAAUGUGAUUAAUUUCUCAUUACCUGCAUCAUCUAAGAUUUUCAUUCAUCGUGUUGGGAGAACUGCAAGAGCUGGUAAUAGAGGUUGGGCUUAUUCCAUUGUUUCAGAAUCUGAAUUACCAUAUUUAUUGGAUUUGGAAUUGUUUUUAGGAAAGAAGAUAAUGUUAACUCCUAUGUAUGAUUCACUUUGUGAAAUUAUGAAAAAUAAAUGGAUUGCUGAGGGCAAUGAUGAGUCCAGUUUUGUGAAUCCAAAGAUCGCUUAUACUGAUAGAUUGAUCUUGGGGUCUGCUCCAAGAUUGGAAGUGGAAGGUUUAGGUGACCUUUAUAAGAAUAUGAUGCAAAAUAAUUUUGAAUUGAAAUUGAUUAAAGAUGUCGCCAUGAAAGCUGAAAAAUUAUAUUUUAGAACUCGUACUUCUGCAUCUCCAGAAUCAUUGAAGAGAAGUAAAGAAAUUAUUGCAUCAGGUUGGGAUGAACAAAAUGUCCUUUUUGGCAAGAAUCAAGAAAAGGAAAAAUUGGAUUUUCUUGCAAAAUUACAAAACAGAAGAAAUAAAGAAACUGUAUUUGAAUUCUCAAGGAACCCUGAUGAUGAAAUGUCUGUAUUUAUGAAGAGAAGAAGACGUCAAUUAGCUCCAAUUCAAAGAAAGGCUCGUGAAAGAAAGGAAUUAUUACAAAUGGAAAAAAUGGCUGGACUAACUCAUUCUGUUGAAGAUGAAAUUCUUAAAGGUGAUGACAAUGAAGCAGGUUAUUCUGUUUCGGAAGACACAUUAAAACAACAAUUCCAAGAUGCUGAUGAACUUUUAGCAGAUCAAGAAAAUAAAUCCAAAAAAGAUAAGAAAAGUAAGAAAUCAUUCAAAGAUCCAAACUUCUUCUUGAGUCAUUAUGCUCCUGCUGGAGAUAUUCAAGAUAAACAAUUAGAAUUAACCACCGGGUUUGUUAAUGAUGCUGCCAAGGUUGCGUAUGAUCUAAACAAUGACGAUAAAGUACAAGUUCAUAAGCAAACCGCCAUGGUUAAAUGGGAUAAAAAGAGGAAGAAGUACGUUAAUACGCAAGGUCUUGAUAAUAAGAAGUAUAUUAUAGGUGAAGGUGGUCAAAAGAUAGCAGCAAGUUUCAGAUCAGGAAAAUUCGACGAAUGGGCCAAGAAGAGAAAGAUGAAACCAUUGAAAGUUGGAGCAAGAGAAACAACUAUACCAUCGAAUAUAUUGGCUAAUCCAACUAAUGGAUCUCAUGGUUCACAAGGUAAUACAAUACGUGGUAAAUUCAAGCAUAAACAAAUGAAAGCUCCAAAGAUGCCUGAUAAACAUAGAGAUGAUUACCAUAUACAAAAGAAGAAAGUCGAGAAGGCCCUUGCGAAUGGUAUUCAAGUCAGAGGUUAUGGUAAUGCUCCAGGAAUGAGCAAUGAAUUGAAAUCGACUGAACAAAUCAUGAAAGAUAGAAACGUUAAAGAAAACAAACGCGCAAAGAAUGCUCGUCCAAGCAAGAGGAGGAAAUUUUAA